UCUCAUUUCAAUAUCAAAUUUUAUAUUAAUAAACAAGAAAAAAUGAGCUCAAACAAAGGAACUAGCCACACUGGACCAUCAAACAUUGCCCAUGCCGAAGCUGCUUUAGGUGCUGGUCGUCCAUAUGAAAAGUCCAUGGAAGGUCACAACGAAAUGUUCAAUAGCGUCAAGGAAUUAGAAGAACAUAACAAGAAGCAAUUCUCUCACGGUCAUAGCAUGAAGCAAUCUCGAGGUGAACGUAUCGAUAAUGAAUUAGCUGAAGAAGAUAAGGAGACCGUUGAAAGAAUGAACGAAGCUCAUAGACAAAGAGAAGAAGCCAAGCACAGAAAGGAAGAUUAAAAACAUUUGUAACAUUUUGUAAAUAAAUAAAUAAAUAUUCUGCAUAAA